AUGUCGGCACAGCGCGCGAUCUGGCGUGCCUCUCGUGCCCUUGUCUCCUCCAGUCCCCCUACCUUCGCGGCCCCUAGAUACUACUCCUCCUCUGCUGCGCCUCGAGCCGCGACCGCAACCGAGGAAUCCAAGAAUGCGAUCCCUCCGCGCUGGCUCUCGGACACCAAAUCCCGCAUCGGACGAUGCAUCACCUUCGGCCUCUCUCCAAGCUUGGUCGACGAAGCCGCGCAAGUCCUGCGGAUCCUGGCGCAAGACUGGCGGGAGCUCAUCGCGGGGAGCGAGGGCUAUCUGACGUCGAAAGCAAGAGCGGGUCUACACCGGCAGAACAUCGUCUGGGGCGAGCAGGAUUCCAUGGGCCACGUGAAUAAUGUGAUGUACGUCCGGUACGCGGAGAGCGGGAGGUGCAAUUGGAUCCGCAACUACAGCGGGCACAUUGACCCGGCGCACAAGAGACAGUGGGAAGAACUAUUGACCUCGAGGGGUAUCGGGUUGAUCCUGAAGAGCAUCACGGUCGAUUUCAAGUUCCCCAUGACCUGGCCGGACCGGAUCUCUGUCUACCACAAGCUGCGGUCCCGGCCGGACGAGUCGACAGAGUCCCUGAUCCUGGACGUCUUGAUCAUGUCCGAAGUCCGCCAGCGUCCCGCGGCCAGAUGUCUGGAAGAUGUCGUCGUGUAUGACUACCGCGCGGCAAAGAAGAGUACCCUCGAGCCAUUCAUGCUCGAACAACUAAAAAAGACGUUUGACUUGCAAGAGGCCGCAAAGAGAGAGAAUCACGCAAAGAUCCAAUGGAUUGAGGAACGUGUAAGGACCCUCGAGACCGGGUCCUGGGAUAGACAUGAUGCGAAGGAGGACUUUGGCAGCAGCGCGGAGACCUCCAGACAAUGA